UUGGGGCAAGAAGGCAUUUCACUCUGGCUUUCACAAAUAACAGCUCUGUGACACACCUGCCCUGCUACAGACACCAUGUCUCUUCGACUUUCCAGCGGUUCCAGAAGGGCCUAUACUCAUCCUACCACGGGAUCUCUCCGGCUGUCUAGCGGGGGAGCCAGCUUUGGAGCUGGGAAUACGUGUGGUGUGCCUGGAAUUGGAAGCAGCUUCUCCUGUGCCUUCGGGAGCAGCUCACUGGGAGGAAAUGCAGGAGGAAUCAAUUCCUGCGCUGGCUUUACUGUAAAUGAGGGGGGUCUCCUCUCUGGGAAUGAGAAGGUGACCAUGCAGAACCUCAAUGACCGCCUGGCCUCCUACCUGGAUAACGUGCGCGCCCUGGAGGAGGCCAACGCUGACCUGGAGCAGAAGAUCAAGGGCUGGUACGAGAAAUUUGGGCCUGGUUCCUGCCGUGGUCUCGACCACGACUAUAGCAGAUAUUUCCCCAUAAUCGAUGAUCUUAAGAAUCAGAUUAUCACUUCCACCACCAGCAAUGCGAAUGCUGUUCUGCAAAUUGACAAUGCCAGGCUGACAGCUGAUGAUUUCAGACUCAAGUAUGAAAACGAGUUGGCCCUUCACCAGAGUGUGGAGGCUGAUGUCAAUGGAUUACGAAGAGUCCUGGAUGAAAUAACCCUGUGCAGGACAGAUCUGGAGAUUCAAUAUGAAACCCUGAGUGAGGAGAUGACUUACCUUAAAAAGAACCACAAAGAGGAAAUGCAAGUUUUGCAGUGCGCUGCUGGAGGCAACGUGAACGUGGAGAUGAACGCAGCGCCCGGGGUGGACCUCACGGUCCUGCUCAACAACAUGCGGGCUGAGUACGAAGACCUAGCGGAGCAGAACCGCAGGGACGCGGAGGCCUGGUUCAACGAAAAGAGCGCUUCGCUGCAGCAGCAGAUCUCCGAGGACGUUGGAGCCACCACCUCAGCCCGCAACGAGCUCACAGAAAUGAAACGCACACUCCAGACGCUGGAAAUUGAACUUCAGUCUCUCCUUGCCACGAAACACUCUCUGGAGUGCUCCUUGACCGAGACCGAAAGCAACUACUGUGCACAGCUGGCCCAGAUCCAGGCGCAGAUCGGAGCCCUGGAGGAGCAGCUGCACCAGGUCAGAACAGAGACCGAGGGCCAGAAACUGGAGUAUGAGCAGCUGCUGAACAUCAAGUUCCACCUGGAGAAAGAAAUUGAGACUUACUGCCUCCUCAUCAGUGGAGAUGACGGGGCUUGCAAGUCUGGAGAUUACAAGUCUAAGGAUUAUGGAUCUGGAAAUGCUGGAAGUCAAGUCAAAGAUCCCAUCAAAGCCAUAGUGGUUAAGAAAGUUCUUGAGGAGGUAGAUCAACGCAGCAAAAUCCUUACCACCAGGCUCCACUCCCUGGAAGAGAAGUCUCAAAAUAAUUAAUCUGAGACACAAGAGAGAUUGCAUGCCAGAUACUAUCCAAGAAGGGAAGGCCGUCUAAAUCUGUCUGGGAAAAUGAGCAGUUCUAAGAAAAAUGUCUAUCCUGUUAUCUUUCUGUUACUUAACUAUAUAGUCUUUAUCUUGGCAAUCAAAAGCAGUAUCUUCUCAUUCAUCUGCAAGAAUGUCAUUUAUAAAUAUGAUGACUCAUUUGAUUACCUACAGAAAAUGUUGUCAAUUCUUUAUGUUCAAUAAAUCUUUUUCCUUUAGCAAGCUA